AUGAGCGGCCCAAAUGUGAAGGGCCGAUGGGAUGCACAAGGAUGCCUUUGUGGCCACGCAGGUGGUGUCGCCUACGCCUUCGCCUUCGCCGGAGAAUCUGCGGAAUUCGAACUGGAUCCAUUGUCCUACUUCACCGUGUACAUGGAUGGUCUGCCCAUGGAUGGUGGGGAGUUCCACCAGAUGCCCAUUUUUGAGGAGCCCGAUUCCAAAGGCAGUGGCAGCUUGCUAGUCCUCACCGUGAUUUUCCUGACGUUGGUGUGUUCUUGCCUCGUCGUUGCCUGCCUGGGUACUCCUCUGGAGCCAGAGGAGACCUGGCAGGACAAAGCCGCAGAGUCGAGACCCACCACCCGGACUGCCGGUGCGCCACCACCGCGACCUGCAAAGGUGCCAUACCUCGCCUUGCAACCGAGCCUGCGGCCAUCUCAGGAUCUUCGUCCGGAGCAGAUGCCGAACUUGGCGCCUGUUCUAGAGGACGCGCAGGAAGCUGAACAGGAUGUCCGCCAACACGGCCAGCAUCCGCCCCCUGAAGUUCAGGAGAGCCUCGGCCCGGCGAGAUCACCAGAACCACUUGAGUCGACCUCACAGGUUCUGAAGGCACAGUCCAGUGCCCCAGAGGGCCCACUUCUCCGUCCGGCCGAGGCAGCACCUGAAGAAACAUCCUGGGACCCGCCGGACAUGGAGGCAGAAGGACGUCUUCACCUGCCUCCUAUGGGAACAGCAUUUCCUCCCUGGUAUGGUGGUGCCACACCUCAGAGUGCCUUGGAUGAAGCAUCCGCCACCCUUGGCGACGAGGAGGUCAGCGAAACAUUGUUUCAGCAAAGCUUGUCCUUGUCUGACCUGGCAGACAUGAGACAUGACCCGUGGCUGUGGAUGUCUUCCGAUCCGCCUCCGCCAAUGACCCUUUGCCCAGGGCUAAUUGUCCCUCGGCACUCCGAGUGCUGCCUGGUCAUCCCGAUCCCCACCAAGGAAAGAUCUGCCAUCUUCGUCAUCGUCUUCGGCACAGACGGCCAGCCGCUGCUCAGGGCUGAGGUUUACCGCGGACACAACUGCGCACCUCCGAUUGGUAGUCCGAUGACUUCGGUCCAUUGGCCUCCAGCAAGUGCUUCGAUGGCAAGGAAUGAUCAGCAUGCAAGCGUUGUCCUUACCACGUUGCCCCCUGAGAUGCGCAGGACUGGCAAUGUCUCCGCAGAUGAGGAGCCAGAAAUUCUUUCAACGGGUUACCUGGUCCGAGGAAGUGACGGCAUGGAGAUGGACAUCGUUGACGGAGAUGGCCGAUUCUUUGGUCGUCUUGGGCGUGAUCCAGACAGGCGCUCGCGAUAUUGCUUGCGAAGCGGAGAGCACGGAGAGACUCGCAUCUACUGCGAUGGCGUGUAUGAAGAUUUUGCCCUUCUUCUGACAGACGAAAUGCAGGAGGUUUUGGGCGAGGUGGAAGCUUUCAACCCAGCCAACGCUCCAUUUAGCGAGGAAGGCGACAAGGUUCAGCUCAAGUCCUCGCAGGGUGAGAUCUUUGAAGUCGAGCCCGAGGUGGCAUGCAUGUCAACCUUGGUGAAGAACAUGGUGGAAGACAGUGGGACUGACGAGGAGAUCCCACUGCCCAACGUGAAGACGGCUAUCUUGUCCAAGGUCAUUGACUACUGCAAGUACCACAAGGACAACCCCCCUGAGGAUAUCCAGAAGCCUCUUAAGAGCACCAAUUUGGUCGAGUGCGGUGUGUCGGAGUGGGACAACGAGUAUGUCAACAUUGAGCAGGAGGUGCUGUUCGAGCUGAUCCUUGCAGCGAACUACCUGGAUAUCAAGAGCCUCCUCGACCUGACCUGCGCGAAGGUCGCAUCCAUGAUCAAGGGCAAGAACACCGAGGAAAUUCGCAAGCAGUUCAACAUCGUGAACGACUUCACACCAGAGGAGGAGGCGCAGGUUCGAGAGGAGAACCGUUGGUGUGAAGAUGCCUGA